GAGAGAGAGAGAGAGAGAGAGAGAUCAGGGCAGUAAGUGACUUUUACCUCAGGUGAGGGGAAAGCUGUGGAUGGUGCUGAUAAAUGAAAGUCCUGACAGACAGAGAGCAGGUAUGUCCUGUGCUGGUCAAGAGAAACAGAGGGAUGAUGGUAAGCAGCCCAAGGUGAGAAGGAGAGCGCUGCAGAGCCGACAGCGAGUCACACUUGCGGGUCUUUUCAAGGCACUGGAAAACAUGGUGUGUCCAUCCAUUCAACCCAGUCAUAACUGUGAGGCUAAUCACGGUCUUGCCAAGUGGAAGAUUCUAGAUCAUGCCAUGGGAUUUCUUCUGGAGAAAGAGGCUUACCUCAGCAAACUCCUUGCACUGAAAGAAGUUUAUCUUGAUGAUGAUGGAGGACCAAAGAGUUUGGAAGACGUGCGAGAACAGUAUAGGAGGCUCUAUUCCAAACACUCCCAUGCAGCUUGUGUACCUGAUGUAGAUGAGGGCCACAAGAGCAGUGUGGUAGAUUCAACUGAUGAAGAAUCAGAUGAGCUGCUUCAGUCCCAGUCAUCAGGCCCAUCUGUCCCCAACAUCCAGGAGUUUGAGGGAUAUCUCUUUUUCUACGGUGAGACUCUUGAGCUCCUUUUGCGCAGUGGAGUGCUCACUCCAGAUCAGACGGGUCUUUCUGUAGUGUCCGAGGCCAUCUCAGGCCUGUGGAGCUCUCUUCCUCCGGAGCGAAAGGCGGAAGCACAGCAACACGCUCUAGACCAGAGCUCGGUCUCAUGGGAAGGCCAAACUGAGAUCACCACCUCACCUCUCACCAGCUUAAAUCCGUCUGCAUCGUAUGCUGUUGAGGAGGAUCUACUACAGGAUGCAUAUGAUGUGGUGCAGAGAGAUAUGGAUGCUGCUUCAGUUAACAGGCCUGCAGUAUUGCAUAGCUGUGAUUACGAGAAGCUGAGGCAAAUCUACAAGGACAUUUCGGGCUUCAUCAAGAACCACAUGGCUGAGGAUCAGAAGCUUCCACAGGAUCUGUCUCAAGCAGCUGAGGAUGAAGAGCAUCUCUUGAGGUGUUCAGAAAGCUUCGAUGAAGAUUUCUAGCCAGUGCUUCCAGCUGUAGUCUUUGCGGCUGCUUUCCAUUUUAUUCGACAGUGAAUUCUGUUACGGUUUGAGGUGUUGAAUUGUCAGUAGGUUCCUCUGAAUUCAUUUAUUAUUUUUUUUAAACAUUGUGUUCAGUCCCAGCUUACUGUCAUAUAUGUAAUGAUGACAUUUCUGUAAGCCAUAAGAGUUCCAAUGUUCUCUUAUUAUUCUUUUUUUUUAUUUUUUUAAAUAAAUAACAUUAAAGCUAGAUGAGCCUUUACAAAUUGUUUCCAGUGUUAGUACAACCCCUGGCAAAAAUGAUGGAAUCACCACACUUAGAGGAUGAGGAUGCUCACCCAUCUUUUUUUUUACUUUGUAGCAAAUAAACAAAUCACAGAUGUAACACAAAACAAUUUUUGUUUAAUAGCUGAACAUUCUGACUUUGUGAGAUAUACCUUAUAUAAACAGUUCAAUUAAACUGUUAUAAUCAAUGGCAUAUUUUUUUCCAGAUCAAGUAGAGGGGAAAAUUAUAGAAUCAUCAACAACAACAAAAAAAUCACAAGUACUUUGCAACUCCUCCGGCUUUCUUUCUUUGAGGCAUGGACCUCAUUAAUGAAAAACAAUAUUCUCUAUCAAGCUGGUUCUAACUUUCUCGGAUAGCAGUUGAUCUGUCAGCGUUGCAGUAUAGAACCUUGUCAUGGACCAAUUUUUAAAAUUUCCACCAUAAAUUUUAAAUCAGAUUGAGAUCUGGAUUGUUUGCUGGCCAGGUCACUGAGUUGAUCUGCCUUUCCUGAAGAAAAGUUUUAACACUCUUUGUUCUGUGGCGAGAUGCAUCAUCAUCCUGAAAAAAGACAUCACCACCAAACCUAUUUUCUAUCGAUGGAAUGAGAAAAGUGUCCAAAAUUUCAGUGUACACCUGUGCAUUGACUGUUGAAUUCUCCCCUGGACCUUUACCUGUCAUGCAUACCCAUAUUAUAAAAGAGUGGGGAAUUUGAUUGUUCUCUUCAGGCAGUCAUCUUUAUAUGUCUCAUUAGAACGGCACCAGACAAAAGUUCCAGCAUCAUCUCCUUGGCCAACGCAGAUUCGUGAUUAAUCACAGAAUAUCGCUUUCCUCCAAUCAUCCACACUCCAUGACUGCUUCUCUUUAGGCCACUGUAAUCUUGAUUUCCUUUUAUAACCUUCCCAUUUUGUUUAUACUUGCACCAAAUUUUAGACACAGCUGGCUGGGAACAGCCAACAUUUUUUGCCCCACACUGUGUUGGAUUUCCUUCUUGAAGGAGUUUUAUAAUCCUUUCCAUUGUUUCAAUAGAAAACUCUCUUGUUGGGGCCAUUUUUCCUUUCAAUCACCAAGUCCAACAGCUCGUUAAGGUGUGUACGCACUCUCUUUCAACUGCAGACUAAUUUGCAUUUUUAGACUUGUGCUGGUAUUUGUUUUAGAAAUGUAAAUUAAAUGGUGAUUCCAUAAUUUUUCCCUCUACUUGAUUUGGAAAAAAUAUGCCAUUGAUUAAAAUAAUUAUUUAUUUUGUUUGAGGUAUGUUUAAUGAAGGCAGAAUGUUCGGCUAUUAACCAAAAAUUGUUUUGUCAUAUCUGUGAUUUGUUUAUUUGCUACUAAGUAAAAAAGCCGGGUGAGGAUCCUCUAAGUGUGGCGAGUCCAUCAUUUUUGCCAGGGGUUGUAGUCACCUCUGCUUACAUUUCUCAGCAUGAUCCCUCAUUAGUCAGCAUCUGCACUGCUGUGAAUGUAAACGUUAAAUCCAACACAGCUGCUAGAUUAGAUAUUGGUAGUCUGCCUGUGACUGGAAGCUCACCUCUGUUAUUAAUACACAUUAAUAAACAUCACGCAGAAGGUGAGUGUACUCAGUGUCUCUAAA